ACUAUUGGAAACACCAAUCACGAAACGUUUCGGAUUUGUUGUCUUGUGAAACAAGUCGAGCGAGGCUAGAGAGUUCAACCCAUCUAUCUGACUACCUACAAAAGCAAAGCAAAGCAAGGUUUUCACUCCCAAGAACACGUAAUUGUUAAAGCAUUUUAGAUCCAAUCAAAGAUGUUUCUCACAAGGACUGAGUAUGAUAGAGGAGUGAACACUUUCUCUCCAGAAGGAAGAUUAUUUCAGGUUGAAUAUGCCAUUGAAGCCAUCAAGCUUGGUUCAACUGCUAUUGGCUUAAAGACGAAAGAAGGUGUUGUACUUGCAGUUGAGAAGCGUAUCACUUCACCUCUGCUGGAGCCCAGUAGUGUGGAGAAAGUCAUGGAAAUUGAUGAUCAUAUUGGAUGUGCUAUGAGUGGAUUGAUUGCUGAUGCUCGUACACUUGUUGAGCAUGCACGGGUUGAAACUCAGAACCAUAGAUUCUCAUACGGUGAGCCCAUGACAGUUGAGUCCACAACGCAAGCACUCUGCGAUUUGGCCCUGCGAUUUGGUGAAGGUGAUGAAGAAUCCAUGUCUCGACCAUUUGGGGUGUCUCUUCUCAUUGCUGGUCAUGAUGAGCAUGGACCCAGCUUGUAUUACACAGAUCCAUCCGGCACAUUUUGGCAGUGCAAUGCAAAGGCUAUUGGUUCAGGUUCAGAAGGUGCAGACAGCACUCUGCAGGAGCAAUAUAACAAGGACCUUACUCUUAAAGAAGCUGAGGCAAUCGCUCUCUCUAUUCUAAAGCAAGUCAUGGAAGAAAAGGUGACUCCCAACAACGUCGACAUUGCCAAGGUGGCACCCACAUACCAUUUAUACACCCCUGCUGAGGUGGAGGAAGUCAUUAGCCGCCUUUGAAAACAAUCUUCUGAAAUUUCCUUGAAGAAUUUUCCCUGUUGUUUCCUAAACUGAUUGAACAGGGUACCCUUUUUUUUCUAAAUUGUGUGAUGUUAUGGGAUUUGGGGACUCAACUUGAGUGAGAGCUAAAUGUUUUAUUUUGACUGGUAA